ACCUUAAUUGCAAUUCCAUCCUUUACGAUUCUACUCUUUCAAAAAUAACUUUAACAAUGGACGUGAAUCAAGGUAUCGAUCUAGAAAAUAUUGCCAUAAAUGCUAAUCACCUUAUCGAAGGAUUGGACUCAUUCUCCGAGCAAACCGAAAUUCAAAUUAUUCCUGAUGUCCCUCCCGGGUACACUGCACUUUCGGCUUCGAUCCUCUUGGGAUCGUCCUUCCCCUAA